CAAGACCUUACGCUUGAGGCAAAGCGUUCGAAACGAAUCCUCCGACUUCCCCCCAUGCACGUAUAGAUGAGCUGGAGAGGAAGUGAAACUACCGCUACGCUCGAGCAAAGGCGUACGCCAUGACGUCGCUGUGGCCUUCCUCGCCUUCCUCCGAAGCGUCGGCACUCGUACUGCUGCUGGCGUUUGGACACGUUCAGAGCAAACAGAUCAACACCUUUGCUGGCCCGUACAUAGCCUAUGGCGUGCAGCCUAUUUGCUGUCCAUCAGAGAACGAACAGUUUUCCCUCCGGCUGAGCCACUUCAACCCUCAACGGCCAUACGACCCUCAGAUGAUUUCGGGGUAUUUGACAUUCAAAGAAGAUUUUGGGGACGGUUACAUGACAAGUGUCGCGAUAGACAAACGAUCAAACAACCAAUGGAAGGAAAACUUCUUUCUCAUGAAGUUUAGCAACAUGGGGUGCUCCGCGAUGCGCAACCAAAUUCCAGACCUGUACCGCAUCUUCGUAGAGACUACUGGGGCACCAAAGAGCAAGAAGGUGCCUUGCGUCAUUCGAGCGGGACACUACAUCUGGAAGAACGAAUCUGUGAACUGGAAUUUCCCAACGUCCCAAUCAAUUGCUCUCAAUAACCAGGAGAACAUCACGGGUGGCAUAACCUAG